AUGAUUCUGGAACUUCUAUCAUCACUAUCCCGCACAACAGUCUUGCUCCUCGCCGGGCUAUCUAUAAUCCUAUACAUCAUCAGUCAACGCAUCAAAGCGAGCACCUCCCUCCCUCUCCCUCCAGGACCUCCCGCUGAUAGUAUUUGGGGGAAUAGUUUUGACGCUGCAUUCUGUUACCGUAGAUUCGAAUUAUGGACACAAGAAUACGGCCCGGUAUUUUCGCUCAGGCAAGGCAUUCCGGGCUUUGGCGGAACUCGAACAAUCAUUAUUGGUCGGCAUCGAGCAGCAAUUGAAAUCAUGGAAAAGCAUGGCGCAGACAUUUCUGACAGACCUAAUUCCGUCGCAGCUGGGGAUACUCUUAGCGGCGGCAUGCGGAUCUUGCUCAUCAAGAGCGGUGACAAGUUCAAGAAGCUUCGAAAAGCGUUGCAGUCGCACUUGCAACCCAAGUCUAUCGCGUCUUAUCAUCCUAUUUUAACGCAGUCAGCUCGGCAACACAUGUUUGACAUCAUCGAAGAACAUAACGCAACGUCUAAAGGUACCAGCUCCUUCGUAUCCACUCGACACCAGGAUCAUGCGCGACGAUAUGCCGCCGCCGUCGUAAUGGCUCUCGCUUAUGGCAAGGUUCCUCACAGCUACGAAGAUCCCGAAGUUCAGGCUGUUAAUCGCUGUUUGACCCGGCUCGGGUAUGCUAUGCGCCCAGGUGCAUGGAAAGUCGAUGUCUUACCGUUCCUCAAGUACAUUCCCGGUUACCUGAAUGAACUCAAAGUCGGACACAAGGAGGAAUUAGGCCUUUUCAAGAGCCAGCUCCAAGAAGUCAGAGAAAAGCUGGCCCGUAGAGAAGAGAUUCCAGCCUCUUUUGGUAAAUAUCUUAUUGAAACGCAACCAAUGCUGGGACUAUCUGAUGACGAGACCGCGUAUCUCGCCGGAAGUAUGUUUGGUGCAGGCUCAGACACCUCCGCUAGCGCAAUCAGUGUUGCAUUGAUGGCGGCGACUUGCUAUCCCGAAGCUCAAAGGGUUAUCCAGGAUGAGCUUGACAGCGUCAUUGGUCGAGGAAGACCUCCGACUUUCUCUGACCAAGAUUCUCUUCCGCAAACUAUGGCUUUCGUGCACGAAUCGUUUCGAUGGAGACCAGUGACUUCAGGUGGGUUUCCGCAUAGAGCGACAAAAGAUGUUAUUUGGCAAGGUUACUUGAUCCCGAAAGGAUCUACCGUUAUAGGCAACGUGUGGUCUAUUGGCCGGGAUCCUGAUCUGUUCCCUGAUCCGGAGAGGUUUGACCAUACAAGAUGGAUUGCAACGAAUGAGAAAGGUCAAGUCAAACUGAGGGAUGAUUUGAAGAGUUAUCCGUUUGGGUUUGGGAGGAGAGUUUGUCCAGGUCAACACAUGGCUACUGCGUCGACAUUUCUCAACCUUGCCCUCGUUCUGUGGGCCUUCAACCUCACUUCCGAUGUCAAGAAACCUAUUGACACGUAUGCGUUCACUGAAUCGGCAAAUGCGCAUCCGAUGCCAUUCAACAUAGUCUUCACCCCUCGGGUGUCGGUAAAGCAGGGAGAUCGCGAGGAGAAGGGAUGGGAGAUCUUAAAGGAGGCGUUCGAAACAUAUGGAUUCUAG